AUGUGGCAACGAGGCGGUGGUCAAAGUCUGCCUCUCUCAUCGCUGCUGCUGCUCGCGCUCGUCUUUCUUUCCAUGGCGGGUCCGCAGGUUGCGAGCUCCGUGUCAUCGAUUCAGUCGCUUCCGCUUCUGCUGUCACGUCCUGCUGCGAGCAACGAGACCAAGUUUACGUCCGACCAGCACUCGACAAGGGGUUGCAAUCCCCACUCAGGACCCGUCUGCUCCAGCAAUGGCAGGAGGUUCGCAGACGAAUGCGAAGCCAUGGCUGCGACGAAAGGCCGACUGACCGUUGGUCCUUGCACUGCUAAGCGGAACUUCGGCGCUGGCAGGAACACCAUCAGCAGAACCAUCCGCACCAUCAUCACCCACGUGUACCGCUCUUCAACUAACGCCACCACAGAUACCAAGAUCGUUCCCAGCAGCAGCAGCAGCAGCAGCAGCAGUAGUGAAGGCAGCAUAGGUAGCAGGAGUAGCAGUAGCUCUAUUGUUUCUUCGGUAGGGGAGCCAACGCAUGAUGCAGCAGCAGCUAGCGCGCACAAGUCGCUGGCUUCGCCGGUCAAGUGCUCGUCGACCUGCCUUCGGCCUCACCCUGUGUGCGCCGUGAAUGGCGUCACCUACUGGUGUGGGGCGCAGGAGGCGCAGUGCGCGGGGGCGGAAGUGGCCUAUGAGGGCACAUGUGCUCCAGAGAGUGGAACUCCGGGGUUAAGUCCGCGGACGUGGGAGGGGCUGGUGCUGGCUCAUCAAUUGUGGAUCCUUGUUGCCGCGGCUACAGUGCUGGCAGGACUUAUGUAG